AUGCGCUCCUCCUCUGUGUCGCGCUCAUCCUCGUCACUGCUUCCUCCUCCGCGACAAGCUCCUCCUCGUCGCUGCGCUUCUCCUACGCGCCACUUCCUCCUCCGCGACACGUUCCUCCGUGCCAGAAACAUAGCUCCCAGAAGAAAAAAAUGGCUGGUUCCCUCGACUCAGUGCCCGACCAAUGCACAAUCAGUCCCCGACGUUGGAAACAUCGACGUCAACCUAGAGUUACCAGUCAACGCGAGGAUCGAAUCUAGAUCACUUACUCUGGAGGCAAACCUGGGUGAACUUCAGCGUUUGGUGAAGGUGCAAAACUCAAGCGGUGCGACCCCGUUGAUCGUGACUUCAGGAACUACCACUGCUGUCACAAGCUUUGCGGGAAACAAUCACAGUGUUGGACGUCUACAUGCCUGCCCUGACAAGGGAACCACUACCACAAUAGGUCAAAGGGAUCAGAAAAACCAAACCUACAUCCACCUGACCAAUGUAGCUGACAAAGGGAAGGGUAUUAUCGAAAACGAUUCCAGGUACAUGUGGAAUGUGAUAAUCCCCAACUCCCUUGGUUAUGAUGAUGACAUUGUCAUCGAUGAGAACCUCUCUACCCCACCUCUGGUUGUUGGUUGUAGGCGCAUGGGGCUGCAAUCUGGGACUAUGAUGCAUUGGGAACUUGGCACACCUAAGCUGAGCCUCGGUGGGAACAUAUCGCGCCCCUGCAUCGAGCAACGGUCGACUGAUAAGAUCAUGCAGGCAUUUAAUGACUUCCCAGGUUUUGAACAACUUGACCGCACAAGUGUCGUCUGUGAGGUGUUCUCGCAUUCAGCUACACCCUUGUGUGCAAACAAGAUACUUAAAGUGGAGUAGGCUGUUUCUUUCUCAGACCAGCCCCAUCAUCUGAUAGCUACUGUGGAAGCUACAAACCCAAUUCAACCAGAGUCGGCAGGAAAGUCGAUAACUCGACUGAGUCAGGGCGAGAGAGGGGUCAGGCAUCCUAGACUCAUCUCAAGGCUUGAGUCCCUUAUCUUUCUCAUACCCAUGAGCCAUGAGAUGGUCUUCGACCCAACUGCUGAUACGGAUCUAACUUACGACGAAUGCCGCAUCGCUACUUACGUCUAUGCAAAGAUAGAUGAUCUUGAUAAGGUACUCUUCAAAUUUUAUGAGUUGGAGGUCGCUAGGGACAUGUUCCAUUCUCUGAUCCCAAAAUUUGUUCCACACUCUGAUAUUGUGAACAUUGUUGUUGUGUUUGCUUCUCUGAGAGCAUCAAGAGACACUCCCAUUUGCUUUUGUUUCCUCCCAAGUCCCUUCGCUGUUGAUGUCAUUCAGUUGAGGCCCAUUGAUGUCAUAGU